CCUGAAGCCACGUAGUAAUUAAGUCACCUGAUGUAUCUAUCUGUUGGUUAAUAAUUACCCCAGUCAUUGGUAUAUAAAAGUAGAAGGGUCUCUCCCAUAUUUCCUUUGCUCUUCAGGUCACGAUGGCAUUCACUGGGAAAUAUCAGCUUGAGUCUCAGGAGAAUUUUGAGCCUUUCAUGAAGGCAAUUGGUAAGUAACAAACUAUUGACAGACCUAUGCUCUUAUCAUAGACAGUAUUAAACAGGCUCUUAUGAAGGUGGAAACAGUAUUUUGUUCUGUGGCACUAUCUUCUCAAUUGGUACUGACAUUUCUUAUAAGGAUAGAUAGGGCUAAUGGCCUCUCAAUCUGACAAUUUUUCUGACCGUUUUCAAGAGAACAUCCACAAUCAAUUGGCAAAACAGAAUAUUUAGUGGGUAUAUGUAUUAGUGCUGUCAUAGUUGGUCAGUUAACUUAUGGUUUUAGUGCACUUUUUUUGUAUUACAUUGUCUAAAGCUGUUCACACUGAACAUCCCAAUACAAUCUAUACAGCUAAAAACAAAAAUGCCAUGUCAACUCAAGUUGCCAUUAAAAGUGUGCUUUUGCUUACCUGAUUUUGCUAACUUACUUUGGACAAAAUCAAGAUGUCAUGUUUUUUUGUAUUAAUCUUAUUACAGCUCAAUUUGAGCAAAUUCUGUGAUUUAUUUAUAGCAAAUUCUGCAAUUAACUCUACCUUAAUUGUUUGACAUCCCUAGGCUUAUGUACUUAAAGUGCCAUACUUUAUGGUACUGGAUGUCCAUGACCCACACAUAUGCCGACGUAAGAUUACCUUAUCUGACUGAUAGCUAAUCUUUGCACUUUAGCUCAAUGGUUAUUUGUAACCAAUAGCCUAACCCAUGCACCCAAAAAUACUGCUAGGUCAGUUGGGUUUCUAUCUCAACUAGGAUGCUCAGUUAUGGUUAUUCUUAAAUCUAAAGAUGUCUUGACUACAAAGUCCCAAUUUGAAACACAUGAAUGUGUAAUCCAAAGGAAACCUGCACACAUUCCGGCAGGCUAUAGGCUGUAAAAUUAAACCUUAAUAAGUUUGAAAUAAGUUUGUAUACAUAGUUCAAUGUGUACUGCCCCACCACCAUUUCAACAUGUUCCUCCUCAACCCUUAGGUCUGCCAGAUGAUCUCAUCCAGAAGGGCAAGGACGUCAAGAGCGUGUCGGAGAUUGAGCAGAAUGGAGACCAUUUCAAAGUGACUGUGACCACAGGCACCAAGGUCAUGGUCAACUCGUUCACGGUCGGCCAGGAGGCUGAGCUGGAGACGAUAACUGGAGAGAAGAUAAAGGUGAGUUUGUCAACCAGACACGCCCGCGAUUACUUGGCCUCGUGGGCACACCUGAACAUUGGUUAUUGUAUUUGAGUUGUAAAUAACAUGGGUGGGCAAUUCUGGUCCUUGCGGGCCAAAGUAUGCAGGUAUUUUUUCCAGUUCAGCUUUUGCACCUGAUAGUUUCCUUAGUGCUGGAGCAAAUGUCUUGACGUUGCCCGCAAUGAAGUUUCUCUCCCAACCUUGUGUAACUUGUUUAGGAUGUUCCAUGACCUAGUCUAUGAUUGGUGUUAAACAUACUUAUGACAAGCUGUAGUGCGGUAACUUGAUGUAGUCUAGUUUGUUACUCUUGCCUGGUAUGUCAUGCAUUGACUCAACUCUUCCCCAGUCUACGGUGAAUCUGGUUGGGAACAAGCUAAUCGUCUCACUGAAGGGCAUUGAGUCGGUCACUGAAUUCAAUGGGGACACAGUCAUUGGUGUAAGUAUGUGGUCGGGGACCAGCAUGGGUUUAAAUUGUCAAAAACAGGUGUAAUUUUACUCGUGUUCAAAUGUAACUGUGCUGUAGAACCUAAUCUGUGUGCACCCUUUCUUUCCAGACCAUGACGCUCGGCCCCAUCGUCUACAAGCGGAUAAGCAAGCGUAUCUAAUGGUCUCAACCCUCUUUCAAUAAAUGAAGGGAAUGUA